AUGAACUAUCCUCGAGUGCACUUCACUCCACGCAACUCGGUCCCGUACGAGGCUGAUUCGAGAUUUCCUCCUCCACCUCCUCCUCUUAUCCUGAGUACAUCGACGCUCUCGUCAGAUUCGUCAGAUUCCUGCGGGCCGCGCACCCCACCGUCCAGAUAUGCAUCGCUCCCGGGCCCGAUGCCGAUAAGCUCUUUCGACGACGACGACGACGACGAAGAGGAGCACCACGCUUAUCCCCGGCCCGGUAAAACUCCCCAAAAUGCCGUGCCCAAAAGCCCCACACCCUCGGCGCACACCCUGCUGACCUGCAACGGCAGCACGCCGCUGCUCAACUACAAGCUCUCCCAGCCCCCCUCCUCCCUCUCCACGCACUGCCUCGGGCUCACCUACGACACGCUCCGCGAGCCUGCCGUGUUCCCCCCGCGCGCACACAUCCUGAUCACCACGCCGCACCUCCCGUGGGCGAUCCCCGUGCCCGCGUCCGACGGCGCCGCGGCGGUGUCGAUCUCGAACGUGCUCAACGCGCUGUACAUGGCGCUCGGGCGGCGCGUCACGCUGGAGGAGUUCCAAGCGCUCGGGGACGCGUCCGCGCUCAUGCGCGCCGUCGCGAAGGCGUACGAGCGCCGGUGCCGCGCGCGCGGGGCGCGCACCCCGCAUGAGUACGAGCAGGAGAAGCAGCAGGGCGUCCGGCGCGUGGAUUUUCUCAUGGUGUACAACAAGUUCGGGGGUCUUCGGCCGGUGACGCGCGCGGGCGACGUCUGGGAGCUGUGUGUGUUGUGA